GGAAGGAUGACCGGUGGCGUGGUCAUGAGGGCCUACGGCUCAGUGACACGUGUACGGGACUGAAGGUUAGCCUGUCUUAUCUGAUCCUACAGUAGAGCUAAUGUAGCAUAAAUAGCCUAAAAAGUUAAUCGUGACUGAUAGAAAGGUUUUCAGAACACACUGGAGCUGCGUAGCCAUGGACCAGUCAGGUCAUAGUUACCAUGCUAACUCCUGUCCACUUCCAAAAGCUCCUACAAUGUGCAUGUAAGCAUCAGAACUCCACCAUAGUGCAAUAGAAGAAGGUGGUUUGAUGAAUAAUAUAAAAAAAAAAUUAUGUUGUGUGGAUAGCAUGUGCAUUGUUUACCUGGGGGCAAGAAUGUUCUGCUGAGAAAACCUCGAUCCUGUCAUUCAUACAGAUGUUAUUUUGACAUGUUCUAUCUGCCAUUAGUGAAUUUCGUUGCUAUGAAGGGGUUUACACUUGGUCCCAGCAGUGUUUCAGCUUCUUGCCCCCAGGUAAAGGAUGGUAAAUGGUGUUGUGACACUUUCUAUCAUAGUCACCAUUAACUUAAAUUCUGUCACCGGUUCACCGGCCGUCCUUCCUUGGAGGCCAUCAUUUAGUAGGUGAUAACCACAGCAUACCAGGACUGUUUUUUUGUUUUUGUUUGUUUUUUUUUUACUGCUUCCAACACAUCGACUUUGAGAUCUUCUCAUGUUGCCAAUUAUAUCUCGCCUCGUGUCAGUGAUCGUCACUUUUCACGUCACCUCUCAGUGGUUUUAAAGCUGUGACUAAUCGCCCUAUGUAUAUCCUACCUCUUACUGAAAUACUUAGAUAUUCUUAUUUAUUUUUUCCAAUCCACCAAUCAACAACCCAGAGCCUUAACCGCUUGAGCCGCCUCUCUCCUAAUAAGGUCUUGUGCAAUGUUUAAACACGGUUUGUACAGGUUGUUAGUUUGAUGCUUUUUUCAGGAAGUGUUCUGCAGAUGUCUCACCCUCACUGGUCUGAGUCAGUCAGGUUUAGAUGCACUGCAGCUUCAUGAGCGUACCAUGGCACGUUUCGUCCUGUGGAUGGUUUAUUGUUGUUUGGUGUUUGGAAACGUUACAGGUGAGCUAUUGUGCAAAGGAGAACUUUUAAAACGCACUAACGUUUCUGCUGAGCUCCAGUCUGAUGUCCUGCUGCCGUGUAACUUCGAUCCAGUUCUCCUCCGAUCAGAUAAGACUGCAGAUGUAGUAGUAGUGUGGAGACAGAUAAACACAACAAAACACGGUUUACUGGAGAUCAGUCAUCAUGGACGAGAGACGUUCUGGAAUUAUAGAGAUGGACGUGUUAAGCAUUUUCCUAAGCUCUCUGCAUCAGGAAACUUCUCCAUCCUUCUUAAGAAAGUGCAGCCGUAUGAACUGGGUCUCUACACCUGUGAGCUUUAUCAUGGGUUCAACUGCACUAUUGGGUAUCAGGAGAUACAGCUGGGUCAAGUUUCCCUGCUUAAAACAUCCAUCGACAUAAUAGCAGCAGGAGCAGUCGCAGCAGCAGCAGCUCUUCUGUGUUUAUUCCUGAUAUGUUCAUGUGAAAUAAGCAAUAAAAGAAAGCAGCAGUCACAGCCGCAGCCUGAGGGAAGGUGUGAAAGCUGUCACACACAAGUGUGGGUACAUCGUGUUGGUUUGUUGUCUCACACACAGCUGUGUAGGCCAUUUUUCGAAAGACAUCCACCUAGAAUUACAUUAAUCUUUAUAAUCUGAGGUGAUGCUUUAGAUCGACAAGAUUUUUGUUUAUAAGUGACGUUACUCUAUUUUCUCCAGUUUCCUACAUAACCCAUAAUUCUGUACAACUUCCUGUUUAUUAGCUCUCUUAAUCCUUCUUUAGUCUAACAGUGUAAACAGUAAAAAUCUCUAUCAUCUUCUCUUAUUAAACCAAGGAAAUAACCAAAAUACAGCGCCGUCCUUGGAAUAAACACCACAAAUCACACCAACAUACUUUUCUACAGUCGCUGCUCAAGGAAAUGUUAAAGCUUUCUAGAUUUUUAGUAAUAAAUAAAAUAAUUGUAUUUUUUUUUCUGUUCCUCCAGGAUUUACACUCUACAAACUACAGAAGAGCCAUAGCUGGGAUGAUUAAUGUCCAAGUAUUUAAUUGCUUGAUUUCUGUUUAUUAAUGUGUAAAAGAUUAUUAUUUAUUUAUUUAUUUGUUUGUUUGUUUGUUUGUUUGUUUGUUGUUUUUUAAAGAGAAACUUUUUCUGCUCUUCCCUUCAAAAGGUAACUCAAUAAAUGUUGCUCCUGGGUUCUGGGAAAAGCCAAAGCAGACCUGAUGAGAGGACAUGUGACGUACACAGUGUAGGAUCAGUUGGAUCUUUUGUGUAAUGCUUUCAGGCUUAACUGUGUUUUACUGAUGUGACGUUUACUAAAACAUGCAAUAAACCGUAUUGGGAAAAGGAAUUCUGCUGAUUUAUUUCUGAUGUGUGAUUUAAAUCUGCAAUACAAGUGGCCUAAAAGAUAUGAAAGCACUCACCCCACCCCACCCCACCUUACCUCACCUCACCUUACUGUUUCUCCAGCACAGCUCAACUGGCCCACCAUCUCUCAGUGUACAAGUCAAGUCAAGUUUAUUUAUAAAGCACUUUUUUAAAAAAAAAAACAACAAGUGUUUGUCAAAGUGCUGUACAUACAGAAAGAAUUACAAGGACAGCAGGCAUCAAGACACCUCUGUUCUGGCAACUGAGUAGGGGAUUAAACUUCCCCGUGGAUGUCCAAACACUGGCUGUCUUCGAACAACCAUCAGAAGAUUUCUCUCUCAAUGAAGCACUUACAUUUAUAAUCACACCCCUCAGUGUCACUUGAAUGAGGAUGAGGUUCUCUUUUGUCUGGUUCCUCUCAAGGUUUCUUCCUCUUCCAUCUAAACAAGUGUUUCCUCACCACAGUCGCCUCAG